GACAGUAAGCUCUCUCUCUCUCUCGCUCUCUCUCUGCCCCUGGGGACACAUGUAGUGAUUCACCCUUUCCUAUGAAAUGGAGGAACUGAAACGUCUGUUAGGCACUCUGCAUUCAUUUCAUAAAUCCUCCCGUCACAUCCCUCCUCUGCGUCUCGCAGUUCUCUGUUUGUGUCACAAACGCAAGUGUAGGGGAGGGUAACGCAGCAGCAGGUCUCCGCAUUGCUCGCCCUGCUUCAGCCAUGGCCAAGAGGGACUGUCCUGCUGGCAUGCAGUGGGACAUCCUCCUGAACGUCUGCGUCUCCAACAGUACGGAAACCAGACCUGAAGCUGCUCCACCAACAGAGCCACCCCUGGCUGAUGUGGUCCGGCUGAGAUCCACGGCCCGCACUGCCCAGGCCAGCACAGCGAUGGCGCUCAGUCCGGCUCUGUGGAUCUUUGUGGUGCUGGCCACGCUGGGGUCCGUCUUGACUCUGGCUCUCUGGUUUGUCAUAUACAGACGGCAGAGCAGCCCCAGCAGCACCUCAGAGGACGCAGAGCCGCAACAGGAACCUCUUCAGAAAACAGAGCCGCCUGCUGCGACCCACUCGCUGCCUUCGCUGACAAACAGUCAUGCAGACGUGUUGCAGAGAGCGGCAGGGGCCCCUUCACCCUGUUCUCACCUGCACCUGGGGGACCAAAACGGCUCACAGUGGGAGGAGGGCUUCACCGCUUAUGGGGACCCCAUGAAGCACGCUGGGAUGGAGGGGGGCAGCAUGCCCGCAUGCAGCACAAUGAGGGAACACAGGAUCCCACUUCCUGCCACAGAGCUGGGUGGCACAGCUUUAGUUACUACUAAAACUAUGUAGUCUUGUGUGUGCGUGCAUGUGUGUGUGUGCAUAUGUGUGUGCGCGCAUGUGUGUGUGGCGUGUUGGGUUUUCCCCCACUUUGUAAUCCAAGUUUUGGAUAUGUUUCUUUUCUAUCAUGUUUGUAUGUUUUAUAAAUAACUGAAUUUUCUACAGCUGCUUCAUUUCGCCGCACUGCCUGGAAAAAGACAAGUGUAAUGAUGUAAAUUGGUGUCCAAUAAUGGCCUGUAAGACUGUGUAUAUUUUAGUGUACUUCACUGCAAUGCGUUUUUGGAAGGCAAAACGAAGAACUGCUCUGAGCCUUAUUCCAUAUUUCAAACAUCAUUUA